UAAGUGGGAUUGUCCGAGACAUUAUCAGACGCCUUUUCCCUUCGAAGUUCCUUCCGAGCCCCUGACCUCCCAUCAAAUUUACUCGCUCUGCCCCUAGGGUAAGAGAAAAGCACAAAAACACACACACACAGAGGAAAUCCUAGUAGGGCUCGCCGGAGCGACCGCCAUGGAUUCGAUGUCGGCGUCGAUGGCGCGGCAGACGUGGGAGCUGGAGAACAACAUCGUGGCGAUGGAGGCGGGGACGGCGGAGGCGGACGCGAUCUACUACUACGACGAGGCGGCGCAGGCGAAGUUCCAGCAGGAGAAGCCGUGGGCGCACGACCCCAACUUUUUUCGGCGGGUGAAGAUCUCCGCCCUGGCCCUCCUUAAGAUGGUGGUCCACGCCCGCUCCGGUGGCACCAUCGAGGUCAUGGGCCUCAUGCAGGGCAAGACCGACGGCGACACCAUCGUCGUCAUGGACGCCUUCGCCCUACCUGUAGAGGGCACGGAGACCCGCGUUAACGCCCAGGCCGACGCCUAUGAGUACAUGGUCGACUACUCCCAGACCAACAAGCAGGCUGGAAGAUUGGAGAAUGUCGUUGGGUGGUACCACUCACACCCUGGAUAUGGAUGUUGGCUGUCGGGUAUCGAUGUAUCUACCCAGAUGCUUAAUCAGCAGUUUCAAGAGCCAUUCUUGGCUGUUGUGAUCGAUCCCACCAGGACUGUUUCAGCUGGGAAGGUGGAGAUUGGUGCAUUCAGGACAUAUCCACAGGGGUACAAACCACCUGAUGAACCUGUAUCAGAAUACCAGACCAUUCCACUUAACAAGAUUGAAGAUUUUGGGGUUCACUGCAAACAGUAUUAUGCUUUGGAUAUAACUUAUUUCAAGUCGUCUUUGGACUGCCACCUCUUGGAUCUUCUGUGGAAUAAAUACUGGGUGAACACGCUAUCUUCAUCCCCACUCUUAGGCAACCGUGAAUAUGUUGCAGGGCAAAUUUCUGAUUUGGCGGAAAAACUGGAGCAUGCUGAAAAUCAAUUGGCUCAUACACGUUUGGGUUCUUUCCUUUUGCCCUCGCAACGAAAAAAAGAGCAUGAAGAAUCUCAGCUGGCAAAGACAACCCGUGAUAGCUCGAAAAUUACUGUUGAGCAAGUGCAUGGUCUUAUGUCACAGGUUAUUAAGGACAUCCUCUUCAAUUCUGUGCGUCAUUCUAGCAGUGCACGCGGCAGCCUUUCAGACUCCUCUGGCCCUGAACCUAUGAUUGAAGCAUGAAGAUGCCACAGGAGUUUUUCAGUUUUUGACGCAUUGAUGCCUUAUCCUUCUAAAAGAUGUCAUUUUAGGCCAAACCCUUGAUUUGUUGAUGACUUGCCCACCGGUUGCCUGAUAGCUGGUUCCUUUUGGUUUAAUCUCUCGGUCUGAAAUACCGCAACAGUUUCCCUGUGUGAAGAAGCAUUUGGAUCUGGAAUUAUCAGCCAAUUUUAAAAUUCGAUUGCUGAGUGUUAUGAUAAAUAAUUUGUGGAGAUGAAAAGACCAGGCUGAUGACUGCCAUAGGCCAUAAGAAAUGCCUUCGCCUUGCUCUGAUUUUUGAGGAGAGCUUUCAUUUGUAAUGUUGAGAUAUAUGUGGAAGAUAAUACCCUGUCACAGGCUACGCUGGUUGGGUGUGAAAUCUGUUAUGACCGCUCUGUAGAGAGACAUGAUCCCCUCUGAUGAAGGAUUGAAGCUGUGAAGUGUAAAGGGAUGAAUUGUCCGUAAGAUCAUAUUUGCUUUUUAGGCAUGAUCCAUGCUUUCGUCUGAUCAGGCCAAGGCAGAAUACUGGAUGUAUGGACCUGUAUGGUCAUGCUGUGAGUCCUGUUGUCUGCCAACACAUUUGGGAGCUGGUUCAAUGUUGUACUUUUAGUUGAGAUGCUGUUGGAGCACCCAACAUAGAGUUAAGACCAUUCUGUUCAGCUACUGUGCCUCAGGUUGGGCUGACUCCGGGUCUCAAGUUAUAAACCAGUAACAGAUGUGCAAUAGAUAAUUCACAUUUCAAAUA